UAUACAUUUACUCACAUAGACAUCCAAAAACAAAAUUACUUGAAUCUCAAUUGAAUUGUCAUUUAAAAAAAAUGGCCAAAAUAUCAUCACUUUUGGCACUUCUUUUCAUCAUUCUAUCUUCCAUAAUGAUCAACCACCUCCAUGUGGCGAGUUCCACAAAAUGGUGUGUAGCAAAGAUGAACGCAACGAAUGCGCAACUACAAGGAAAUAUUAAUUUUGGAUGUAGUGAAGGAGUUGAUUGUGGGCCAAUUCAACCAGGCGGAUCCUGUUAUAUCCCUAAUAGUCUUGUAAAUCAUGCAUCAUUUGUGAUGAAUGCUUAUUAUCAGAGUCAUGGUCGUACCAAAAAGGCAUGUAGCUUCAAAAAUACUGGCACAUUUGCUGUUACCGAUCUCAGUUUUGGUAAAUGUGUGUAUGUGUCUUAAAAAUAUAUAUAUUUGGUUUCAAUAUCUGAUAUGCACAAUAAAUGAUAUGUGAUUACAUUCACAUUUGUUUUUACGGAUCCAAGUUUUGAUAAAUGUGUGU